ACUGAGACGGGCUAUGGAAAGUGCUAGUCGCAAACGCAGCCAUUCGCUGCAGCUUCUUUCCCCAGGUUGUCCCCUUUACGUGGGGAAUAAUCCAUAUGGAAAAAGCUGCUCAUCGGUGCUAAUUUAUAUAAGGUAUUUUGUUUGUACAGACAAACGUUGAAAUUCCCCUGCCAUCUUUGUAGUUGUGGUGAUCUGUUUUUCGAAGUGUUUCUGAGCAGUGUGGGGCCGUAGAUGAAGUGACUAAGGUGCUGGACUAAACACACAAUCAUAUUAAUUCAUAUUUAGAGAUACAACUUUUACUCAGGCAAAUUGACUAAUCUGAAAAACAACACACUUUAUUUGAAUGUUAAGGGAUGAAACUCGCAUAACAGCUGGAGACUGCUGUUCGCGCAUGCGAGCCACACGCUCCUCAAAGCAGAGCAGUCUUGUACUGAGUUCGUGCAUGUGAGCUGGAGGGAAACGGAAUCUAUUUACAGUAGUAAAUCAUCGCUUUAUUGCCGCCUGAGGACGUUUGUUACACAGAAUCGAGUGUCAGAAUCUCCGAGCCCACUGACCGACGUGCGAUCCUGGAUUACAAAAUAAGCUCACCAACUCUCAUCAGCCAGCACUUUGAGCGCUAAUCAGAGCAACGCAGAAGCUAAACAGCCAACUUGCAAUGGCGACGGCGAUAUACUUGGAACAUUAUCUUGACAGUAUUGAAAAUCUACCAUGUGAGCUACAGAGGAACUUUACUUUAAUGCGGGACCUGGACAAUAGGACUGAAGAAAAGAAAGGAGAGAUCGACAAACUGGCAGAAGAGUACAUAGCAAAUGUGAAGAACUUGGCCUCAGAACAAAGAAUGGAACAUCUGAAGAAGAUCCAGAAUGCCUACAGCAAGUGCAAAGAGUUCAGCGAUGACAAAGUCCAGCUCGCAAUGCAGACAUAUGAAAUGGUGGAUAAACAUAUCCGCAGACUGGAUGCAGAUCUGGCACGGUUUGAGAACGAGCUAAAGGAGAAAUUGGAAGGCAGUGGCUAUGAAAGUACAGAAGGCAGAGCACACAAAAAGAAUGAGUCGCGGGGACUGAGAGAGAAACGUGCAUCCAGAGGACGAGGAAGGAAAGCUUCUGAUGAAGAUUCUCCCAAAAAGAAAAAAAUUAAGAAUAGCCCAGAAUUGAAUGACGCUCUCCUGCCGAUGCAGCCGUCGGAUGUUUUGGACAUGCCUGUCGAUCCCAAUGAGCCGACGUACUGCCUCUGCCACCAGGUUUCAUAUGGGGAGAUGAUUGGAUGUGAUAACCCAGAUUGUCCAAUUGAGUGGUUUCACUUUGCUUGUGUUGAUCUCACCACAAAACCUAAAGGAAAAUGGUUUUGUCCAAGAUGUACCCAAGACAGGAAGAAAAAAUAAGCUUUCCCUAUUUUCAGAAAAUGUUAAUGUUCAUAUCUUUUGUAGUUUAAUAGUGUAAUAUAUACAAUAUAUGUAUAUUUCGUUUUUCUAUUACUCUCCAUAGAAAUGGUGAGUCAUACUUUUGUUUUUAUUUUUUCAAAAGCCUAAUCCGGAUUUGGAGUAUAGCUUCACCUCUUGUAACAUUAUCCAAUAUUAUCUACUGGAUUGGAUCAUGACUCAAUUCCAUUAGAUUUCAAAUAAUUUAUUCACCUACAGCAUAUAUUAUUUGUGUUCUCUGGAUUAAUUGGUCGGUCUAGUAUGAUUGCCAAUCGGUCUUAUUCUAUACUAAACAUCUAUACUCUACUAACAUACUCAAAAAUCCUGGAUUGUGGCUUUAGUAUACUUGAAAUGUCAUUUUUUUUAUAAAGAACUAUUUUAAAUAAAUUAACAGCCUGCUGAGAAAACCAUUUUAACCCAAACCACCCAAAUAAUGGGAGGUAAAAAGAAUUAUGUGUCAGAAUUUCAGAUCUACCUCCUUAGUGAACACAUCACCACUGCAAUUAAUGUAAGUUAAACCAAAUGAGCAAAGCAAUCUAAUUUUUUUAAAAAAACAAAAAACCCUGGGACAUCUUUGAAUGUAUUGUGGUACUAAUGAUCAGUCAGUCAGUGUCACUUAAUGAGGUAUUGGAGCACUUUAAAUGAAAUUUUCCCUGAAAGAGGUUUGAUAGUGCAGGCUCGGUUUCCUAUCUAAACUUAGCCAUAGUACAUCCCUUCAAACAAAUGGAAAUAUAGACAUAUAUAAAUAUAUUUUAUUUUAUAUGAAUAUUUUGUGGAAGCAUUUUUUUCUCCCAAAGAUAUAUUUGUUGAAUUACUUAAUGGAGAGAACAGGCAAAUUUUAUUUAAAAAUAUUUUAGCGUCUUUCAUAUUCAACUGUGAAUACCCUUCAUGUAGGUGUAAGCCACAAAUAAGAGCCAAAGUCUUUGUAUUUUAUAAAAAAAAAAAAAAACUCAGUAUUUUAUACCAAAUAAAUAUUCGCUAUUA